UGUACUCUAGAUGCAAAAUAGGGGCAUGUAUUUAUUAAUUUUGCAAAAUUUUCAGGGAAAUUUUGUAGCAGCUACUAAUAUGUAUGAAGAAGCACUGGCAAUGGCUGAACUGAAGAAAAUGAUGAAUACUCUUCCUAUUUUAUAUGUUCACUUUUCUAGACUUAAAUACAUGAUCACUGAUAAUGCAGAUGCUGCAAGAGAUAUCUUAAUAGAAGGCAUCAAACGCUUGCCUAACUGCCGGUUACUUUUAGAGGAGUUAAUAAAUUUUGCAACUCUGCAUGGAGGGCAGCGUCACAUACAUGUGGUCGACUCUGUCAUAGCUAAUGUAAUAUCUCCAGGGCCAGAUGUGUCUCAAGGUUGGAAUGUCAAGGAUGCAGAGCAUGUUUCAAGCUUAUAUUUAAAGGUGACUCAAAAUCCCCAUUUCUGGUGGAAGUGUUUGUGCUCUCACUUUAGACGAUCCUUCCCUGGACACUUUAGCGGUGUGGGUGAGGUGGAGAUGGUGGGGCUGAGGUUACACGAGGAGGUGUGUGGAUUGGAGGAGGAGGAACAAGGGAAACAGACUCCUUUUUUAUGAUCGAAGAGGAAGAAGAAAUUGAGAUGCUUUUGGAAAACUACCUCCAAAGAAAGAACGGGCUUUAACUGGAAUGACUUCUGAAAAUGGCUUACUUGGGGAAAUGGGAGCCUGAGUUUUCACAACUAACUUUGUGUUUCCUCUGAAGUUAUUCAAAAUGGCUCAUUUUUCAGGUACGUGGUCUUUAAUGAUUUGUGCUUGAAUGUGUUCAUGCAUCUAGGCAUUUUAUUGAAUGUGUUGAUGUAUCUAGGCAUUGAAAUGUCAAAUGGAAUAUAAUAAUGACUGGUUUAUAAAAUUUUAAUUGUGUUUCAGUAAGAGAUUUUCUUUUUUGUCUUGAUCUAUACAAAAAGAAAAAUGAUUAGCUUCAGUUGGGGUUGUUCAUUCCCAAUGAUCAUAUCCAAUCCAAGCAUGAGAUGUUUUUCUUGCUCUGUAUAUAUAAUUGUUAUUUUUACUGUUAGUGUACAUUUUGUGAAAUAUAUGGUUUAUCUUUAUAUAAACUGGUUGUAUUUGUUGACUUUUCUGUUA